UUUCCCUUGGACUUUGCUUGGAUGUGGGAUGGGCCUGGGAACGUUGCGUCAAAGCAUUGAAUAAUAUAUUCACGCAGGCCGUAGUGGGCAACACUUAUAAUUCGCAUGACCGUGAGGUCACAAAUUUAACACUGCUGGGAACUCCACAGAAAAUGUCUACUCGUCUGUAUCCACUGUACCAGCGAGGUAAUCCGCAAUUGCGGAUAUUCCUUCCAAACUUCUGGAUGAAGUUGAUACGUCCAAAGCACAAAAUCCCAUCAAAUGCUGUUCAGUUCAUUGUGUCACCUGAGAUGACCAAACUUGAUGUCAAGCAAUACCUGGAGAAGAUAUACAAUGUACCUGUGGUCCAAGUCAGCAUCUCUAACAGACUAGGUCAAUUUCGCAAAUUGGAGGGAAAGGGAUACAUAGUCAAGGAUGAUGACAUUAAAUAUGCCUUUGUCACCUUGCCAAAGGACAUGGUAUUUGAGUUUCCGAAUCUGCUGCCCGAGGAGAAGCAGAAGGAGCUGUCGGACCAGAUGAAGGAGAUCGAGCUUGCGAGGGAUACAUACAAGAAGGACCAGGAACGCUUCAAAGACAGGCCCGGUGUGCCCACCUGGUUCAACUAGUCCGCCGUCUGUCCGGCUUCAUGUGCGCUGACUUUGGAUGGGAGGUGUGCGAGAGUCGCGUCGACCGCGCUAAUUAGCCAGGUGACAGAUGAAUACGUGAGGAACAUGUACUGUAUGCUGCCCCUUUUGACUGUAGACCUGUUGCCCAGCGGGUGUCGAGUCGUCUGCAGUCAUGUGACCACUCGUGAUUGUUUCGUCGCCUUGGCGCCUGUUAUCAUGCUCAUUUUUAUGGAAGAUGAUAGCGACAUUUCAUGU